GGUGGGGUAGGGAUUCUUCUUCUUAGCCUUCGCUUACCUCUCUCUCCUUAGUACAAUCGCUCCUUUUUAAAAAGAAUUUGUAUUUUUCAUACCAUUAUUAUUUUUAUUUUUUGUAUUUUCUGUAAUUUGCCACCCCCAUCCUCGGUCUGCCACUGUAAUCAUAACCUCCUGUACAUGUUAUCUAGAAGAGAGAUACAGGUUACUUCUCUUUUGAUUAUUUUUUCUCCUCUUUCCUUUAUAUAGGCAUAAAUAGACAGAAAGGCGAGUUAUUGGGUAGUAAAGGGUUUUUAAGGAAAAACAAACUUGCUGUCUGGUCUUUCUAUGUUUUAUUGCAUGGUGAACCCUCUCUUAGCUAGCUUAUUAGUUGAUGAUCUUUGAGAGAGAGGGAGAGAGGUUAGAGAGAGAGAGGAAAGAGAUAUAUCUGAAUUGUGUUGCAGAUUUGCUCAGAGAAGCAAUCCAUGGUUAGAUAGCGACUUGGAGAAUAACCCAUCAUGAUCACCAUCUCCUCACGAGAUUUUGGUUUUGCUACCCAAUGAAUGAUGCCUUUCUGUUUCUAUAAUUCACUGCCACCUGUUCAUCAACAAAACUUUGUUUAGUUUAGUUGUGUCCAAAGCUGAGGAUUCUCUAUUUCUGGCCUUGGUCUUACAUCUUGUUGUUGUUUCUUCAAGAGUGCAAAAGUGAACACUUGAACAAAGGUUACUCCAAAGAAAAGUGUUAGCUAGCACGAAAUAUAUCAAACAAAACAAAACAAAGUGGUAUCACUUCUUGGUUUUUCUUUUUUUGGAGUUUUCUUCUUCACGGAUAUGUUCCCUGCAGCCAUGUCCAACUCAACUUCUUUGUCUGAAGAAGCUAGUGUCUCUUCUGGCACCAGAGUUCAAGAAUUUGGUAGCUUAAAUCCAUUGGCUUCAAACUUCUCUCCUCUGCAGCAUCAGCAACAGCAACAAAAGAUCAUCAAGAAGAAGAGAAGCUUACCAGGAAACCCAGACCCAGAUGCUGAAGUGAUAGCAUUAUCUCCAAAGACCUUAUUGGCUACCAAUAGAUUUGUGUGUGAGAUCUGCAACAAAGGGUUUCAGAGAGAUCAGAAUCUUCAGCUUCAUAGGAGGGGCCAUAACCUUCCCUGGAAGCUGAAGCAAAGAAACAGCAAAGAAAUUAAAAAGAAAGCUUAUGUUUGCCCUGAGCCUACGUGUGUUCACCACCAUCCUUCAAGGGCUCUGGGUGACCUUACAGGUAUCAAGAAACACUAUUGCAGGAAACAUGGAGAGAAGAAAUGGAAGUGUGAGAAAUGCUCAAAGAUCUAUGCCGUUCAAUCAGAUUGGAAGGCUCACUCUAAAACCUGUGGAACAAGAGAGUAUAGAUGUGACUGUGGAACCCUUUUCUCCAGGAAGGAUAGCUUCGUAACCCACAGGGCAUUCUGUGAUGCAUUAGCUGAAGAAAGUGCAAGACUCUCAGCUCACCAGCUAAUCUCCACAGAUCCAAAUGCCCAAGCUCUCCUCCUUCAAAACGCACUUCAAGCACACCCCAUUUCCCUCUUCUCCGCCCCUAACCCUACUCAUCAACAGCAAAUCUCCCUCGCUUCUCCUUGGGACCCGCCUCGCCAUCACAACCCUAGUAGUAAUAACCACCAAAACCCAGUUCACAUCAAGCCUGAAACUCACAACCAUUUUCAAAUCCCUCCGCUUCUCCAAGAACCACCACCACCAGCAUUGCCUAGCCACAAGGGUUUGUUAGCCUCAACCUUCCACAGCCUAUCAAAUGCCGUCACGUCAUCAGCAGCAUCACACCACUUGUCAGCCACUGCACUCCUUCAAAAGGCUGCAAGUGUGGGUGCCGCUCAGACCUCAGUGGGCCACAGCCAAAUGACCCAGCUGGACAUGGGCGAGUUGGGAUCAGCGGGCCAGGUUCAUGUCAACUCAGCGAGUCACGUCGCACAGGGUCCUAACUAUAACCUUAACAGCCUUGCCACGUGGCAGAAGAGUGACCGCCUGACAAGGGACUUUCUGGGCCUGACCGGUGAAUGUGAGGACCAUCAUGGCCAUGCCGCGAGUAAUUCAAAUGGGAGUAGUGGGGGUGUUAACGCUAGCAUGAAUGUGAGGGAAAUCCUAACGUACACAGGGGGUGUAGGGUUCCACCAGCAGCAAUACAAUGAGAGAGACCACUCACUGCUGAAGCCCCACGGUGGUUUUGGAUUCGCUCAGCCUUCUGCCUCUAAAACGUGGGGUGAUUGCUAGAGAGCCCCCCAAAAGUAAAAGGGGCUAAAUGGUAAAAUUCCAUUUACUCCCUUCAAAAUGACCAAAGUGCCCCUUGUCCCCCUUGCCGCGAGAAUCUAAUGAAGGUUUUUUUUUUAAGAAAUUAAGAGCCUUUCGUAUGCCAUAUAUAUAUAUAUGAUCAACCUCUCAUCUUUUAUGCAGCAGCUUCACAGCAACAUUUUUUUUUUUUGGGUUAUCUCUCUUAAUUUAAGAAUGCUAUUAGCCAUUUCCCUUCCUGCUUUUCUGUUUUUAUCCUUUGCCCUCCUCCUCUUUAAUGUUAGAUUUAGCUAUGGUGAUCGAGAGGAUGGUGGCUUCCUUGUAAUUUUGCUGCGGAAAAAUCAUGUCACAAGCAGAAUAUAAAGAUGUGCAGUAAUAAUAGAAUUCCGUGGGAUUUAUUUUUC